UUCAAUAAGAGUCCCAACACGAGCAAAACCCUCCUUCUACCUCAACUGCAGAAAGAUAGGUUCAGGUUCGAAACUAAAAGCUUCGUAGUUCCUCGCGCUGCUCCUCUGUUUGACGGUGUUCGAAACCAAGCAACAUGGCGGACGUGGUGCAGUACCGAUUGGAGCGCAUGGUAGAUGAGCUUGACGACCUCGAGCAGCGUGGUCUCUUCAACCGCCGCGAAAUCGCCGAGAUUGUGAAGCAGCGGCGAAAAUUCGAGUACAGGCUGAAGCGUCCGUGUCCUCUGAAGCAGGAUUUCUUGGCCUAUAUUGAGUAUGAGACUCAACUCGACGCUCUCCGCGAGCUCCGCAAGAAGUCCGUAGCGCGGGAAUUUAGAAAGCAAGGCAACAAGAAGCUGAAGAAGUCCAAGUCGGAUGUCGCUGGCUUGCUUAGGAUUAUGGAGAUUUACGAGCUCGCUUUGAAGCGCUACAAGGGCGACAUCGAUCUCUGGUUUCGCUAUCUCGAGUUUUGCAGGAUCAGAGAAAAUGGCAGGAUGAAGACGGCAUUGGCUAAAGUUAUUAGGUUUCAUCCAAAGGUUCCGGGAGUUUGGAUUUAUGCUGCGGCUUGGGAAUUUGAUCGCAACUUGAAUGUUGCGGCUGCUCGUGCUUUGAUGCAGGAGGGUCUCAGAGUUUGUCCAACUUCGGAAGAUCUUUGGGUGGAGUAUCUUCGGAUGGAACUUACCUACCUUAAUAAGUUGAAGGCACGGAAGGUUGCUUUGGGUGAGGAUGAGGGAACUCUCACCCGUGAUGAUGAAAAACAAUGGAGGGAUGAAAACAAAGAGUUGUUCAUGUCUCUGGAUGAAAAAGUGGAGGGUGAUGAUGAUGAUGGAACAAAUGUUGGAAGUGAUCAAUCGAAAAAGAAGCAGCAAUUGUUUGCAGAACAUGGUAUGAACAUUUUCAAGACUGUAUACGGCGGAGCGGUUGAAGCUGUCCCUUCAAGUCUCAGUCUUAGGAAGCGAUUUUUAGAAAUAUUGGAGGGUACAAAUUUGUCAGAUUACGAAGAUAUGUGUAAGAAGAUAUUGAAUGACACGAAGAGGGAUUUUUCAUCACAACCGGAAUUUUGGGACUGGCUUGCAAGGCGUGAAUGUGAUCUUGAAAAUGGUCAGGGGAUAAGUGAAGAGUUCAUAAUUCCUCGGCUGGAAAAGGCUAUUCAGGUUUAUGAGGAGGCUUUGAAUAAUAUAUCAUCAGGAACUAUGUUUAGUUUGUAUGCAAAUUUUCUAUCGGCUAUUAUAGCUCCUAAAGAAGGAGAAACCAAUAUAAUUGGGCCAUCUGGUCAGGCUGUAAACUAUAUAUCACAUCUCCUGUCAAUAUACGGAAGGGCUGAAAGCAUGGGAUGUAUAACUGAAGAUCUUGCUUGCAAGCACGUGUCCUUACAUUUGCAAUUGAGACAACUGGAAGAGGCUCGGAAACUGGCAGCAGAGCUUUGCAGUGGAAAGCUUGCAGAAUCGGUGGAGUUAUGGGUGUUGAGGAUUACUAUUGAAAUUAGAUACAUCACAAGAAGUUCUGCUACGCCUAGUGAUGCUGAUUUGCAAACCCUUUUUGAACUCUUUCAACAAAGUUUGAUGAAAGUUUCUGCUUCAAAAUCAUAUCACUUGUGGUCAAAGGCCCUUAAAUUCUAUGCAAAUCAAAGACAAUAUUUUGAUAAACUGGUAGAGAUUUCUGUUGUUACUUUGGUCAGAGAUGGUGGCAGUGAAAAUGGGUUUUCCCUUUCUUCUGCCAUUGUAAGUUUUGUACUUCAAAAAGAUGGAAUUCAGCAGACUAGAGAUAUCUACAAACGAUAUCUAGCUUUGCCGCAUCCUGGCCUUGCGUUACAUAGACAUUGCAUUGACUUGGAAACAAACCUUGCAUCAAUAGGAGAUAAAGAUGGUCUCAUAAAUUCCAGAAAGUUGUAUGAAUCUGCACUCGCAACUUAUGACCAAAAUGUCAGCUUAUGGCAAGAUUAUUAUCGCAUGGAGACCAAGAUGGGGACAUCAGAAAAGGCUACUGCUAUUUAUUGGCGUGCAAGGAGAGUACUGAAAGAUGCUAGUGAAUUUGUCACCUCUCCAGAUAUGUGAUAAUUUCUAACUUAAGACCAUGGCUAUCAGAGUUCAAUUUUGACCGAUUUAUUUUUCGUCAGAAAUUUGUUCCUUUGGCUAGUCUAGGCACAAGUUUGUUUUCCCUUCUCGAGAAGGUGGGAAAUAGAGCUUCCUUCGUUCUUUCUUCCCGAAAGCUAGAUAUUAACUGGUGAAGUCUUGGGAAUUUCUUCUUGGGUUUAUUUUGGUAACUGUCAUUGGUAGGUUGUAAACAUGGCAGAACGUGUAUCUUUCAAUUUUCUGUAAAGGCUUUAUAAAUCACAGUUGUUCUGAGUUAAAGAAUCAGUGCAUUCUCCCAAAA